CAUAUGUGCGAAAUAUUUGUUAGGUUCGGAGACGACGACGAGUACCGCAGCUCCACGUAGGGAGUGACUGCGUUGGUUUUCUUUUUGUUGGAGACCGAGGGAAAUGGAAAAUGAAGAAGGGGAAGCAUCUUCUCAUCCAAGGCAAGGUGAUGCGACUGGUGGGGUUGCACCGAUAGGAGUUCAGGCUGGGGCCAGAGACAUAGAAAGGUUUUUGGCGGCUAUAGCACAGUAUGUUGAACGACAAGCUGGAACUCCAGUUAAUCAGAAUGUCGGAUUGCUAGAGAAAUUCAAGAAACUUUAUCCAACGGAGUUUGAGGGUACUUUCAAACCUCAAGAGGCAGAGGAUUGGCUGAAAACGGUGGAGAGGGUUCUAACAGCUAUGGGAGUUACUGACGAACAAAAGGUGACCUUAGCAGCUUUUACCUUUAAAGGGCAAGCUUUAAUAUGGUGGGAGGCAAGUCAGAGGUUGCUCUCAGCCCCAUUACCCAAUGUUCAGCCACCUGUGCCACAAGUGAUUACAUGGGCGAGGUUUGUGAAGGCCUUUAAUGAUAAAUAUUGUCCUGAGAUGUAUCGUUUUUCACAAGAAGCAGAAUUUAUCAAUCUUAAACAAGGGAGUAUGUCGGUGGCCGAAUAUGAUGCCAAGUUUAAUGCUCUUUCAGCUUAUGCUACGGAUAUGGUGGAUACUGAGGAAAAGAAGGGCAGACGGUUUAGAAAGGGACUGGAGGAUAAUGUUCGAACCAGAAGAACAGCUUAUAAAGAAAAAGAUUAUGCUGAUUUGGUUGACAUGGCAAACCAGAUUGGCAAAGAUGUUGAAGAAAUGUUUGAAAAGCGGGAACAGACUAAGAGGAGCAAAAUUGCAGCCAGUCAAGUUAGGCAAGCAAGCAAAUCUGGUGGUGACUACAAGGGUGGAAGCAAAUUUCAACAUUUGAAGGGGCAAAGUGAUUUCAAACAACAAAGUGGACAAGGGCGAGAGGUGAGUAAGCAAAGCGUGAAUAGGGAAGGUGGAUCAAGUGGUCGAGGGACUUUCUUUCAGUGUUUCCGUUGUGGUUCUCCUGAUCAUCGUGUUAGAGAUUGUUCGGAAGCAGGCAAGGGAAUUAAAUGUUACAAUUGUGGUGAAAUGGGGCAUAUGUCAACACAGUGUCCAAAAUCUCGUGCGCCGGCAGCAUCGUCAGUUGGCAACGUUCCUGUUGGACGCGGAGCUUCGAGUAGUUCUGUUGGUCGUGGUGGCGGAGUGAGUGGUUCUACUGCACCGGGUAGGGUAUUUGCUAUGACACGACAGAAUAUUCAGGCUACUCCGGAAGUGGUGACAGGUACCCUAGUAGUUUCUAGUAUUUAUGCACAAGUUUUAAUUGAUCCAGGUUCUAGGCAUUCUUUUGUGUCGAACGUGUUCAGCAUGCGUUUAAAUAAACCUUGUGUGCUAUUAGACACUGCUUUGGCGAUAUCUACCCCCAUUGGAGAGGUAGUGAUAGUUGGGGUGUCAUACCCGAAUUGUGUGGUGUGUGUUAAUGAUAGGAAACUAGAGGCGAAUUUAAUUCCUUUGGUUAUGUCUGAUUUUGACAUUAUUCUUGGCAUGGAUUUCCUAUCAACGCAUCAUGCAUCUCUAGAUUGUUUUAAUAAAGAAGUUGUAUUUAGAAUACCAGGUGAGGCGGAAAUUAAAUUCUAUGGUGAUAAACAUGGUCCUUUGAAUGGUAUGAUUUCUGCAUUUAAGGCAACAAACUUGUUGAGAAAGGGAUGUCGGGGUUAUCUUGCUUUUGUGGUUAACAUUGAAAAGAAACCACUAGAGUUGGCCGAUAUUUCUAUUGUGAAUGAAUUUCCGGACGUGUUUCCAGAUGAGUUACCGGGAAUUGCCUGAUAGGGAGGUGGAGUUUACUAUCGAAUUGCUACCAGGGACAAAUCCUAUUUCCAUUCCACCUUACAG